AUGCGUUUCCACACUUCAGCCUUCUCCCUGCUUACUGUCGGGGCAAUCCAAAGCGCAUCAGCCUUGGACGCAGCAGGAUGGCGAAACCAAAGCAUCUACCAGAUUCUUACCGACCGUUAUGCUACAAGUGACGGCUCGUCUCCGGCAUGUGACACGGCACCGGGCUUGUACUGUGGUGGCACAUGGAAGGGAAUCACCAAGAACCUGGACUACAUUCAGAACCUGGGUGCCACUGCCAUCUGGAUCUCACCCGUUGUCAAAAAUGUCGAAGGAAACAUCAACGGGGCUGGAGAGGGCUACCACGGCUUCUGGACUCAGGAUAUCUAUUCAAUCAACGAACGAUUCGGCACUGAGGAUGAUCUGAAGGAGCUUUCCGCAGCCCUUCACGCCCGCGGCAUGUACUUGAUGGUCGACAUCGCCCCUAAUCACGUCGGUCUCAACGAUGACCCCGGCAACUACACCAAGUAUAUUCCCUUCGACAAGCCAGAGUACUACCACAAGGAGUGUCCUAUCAACUGGAACAACCGUAUCUCCGAGCAGCUUUGCUGGCUUGAGGGUCUGCCUGACCUGCGCACUGAGGAUGACUACGUCCGAAAGGUGUAUGCCGCUUGGAUCAAGGACCUGGUAACUAAGUACUCAAUCGACGGCCUUCGCGUUGACACUGCCCUUGAGAUCGAGCCGGAGUUUUUCACUGAGGGCGGUUUCAGAGAUGCUGCCGGCGUCUUCCUCCUCGGUGAAAUCAGUCACACGGGCCUUGAUGUUCUGGCGCCCUACCAGCAAGUCAUGGAUGGGUUCAUGGACUACAGCAGCUACCACUUGCUCGCCAAUGCGUUCAAGAAAGUUGAUGCUAGUCUCGAAUCAGUGUACAAAGGUGCGAACGAGAUGGCUAACAAGGCCAGCAUCGACCCGUCCCUCCUAGGCUCUUUCGCCGAAAACCAUGACCAAGUUCGCUUCCCUUAUUCGAACAAGGACAUUGCAUUGGCCAAGAAUCUGUAUGCCCUCAGCAUGCUUCGAGACGGUAUCCCAAUUGUCUACUACGGUCAGGAGCAGCACUACGCUGGUGGCGCUACACCCAACCAACGCGAGGCACUCUGGCUUAGCGGUUACGACAUCCACUCGGAGCUGUACGGCUGGAUUCAGCAGACGAACAAGAUUCGGGUCCACGCCGCCGAGGCUAACCCCAACUUCUUGGCCAAGGACCGGACGCAGGCAGUGUUCUCCUACGGCAGCAGGGACAGCAGCCGCGUUAUUGCCUUCCGCAAGGGCCAGCUUUUCUCCAUGUAUACCAACGGCGGUGUUGGCGCCACCAACAACGUAAUGUUCGCCAUUGCCCGCAACGUUCACGGCUACGCCAUCGGCGAAGACCUUGUUGAUGUGUUGAACUGCGAGUCUUUCCAGGUUGCAUCUCAUGGACGCCUUUGGGUGCAAAUGCCCGCUGGAGGCCUACCUCGAGUAUUUUUGCCCAAGAGCCAGACCGAAGGUCUUUGCAACGACAUCAAGGCGCCUUUGUCAAGUGCUACCAUCAAGGUUGGCGUUGACAAAAACACAGGAUAUAGCAAACGAUCCUUGCCGUUUGUGACGACGCUGCUGUAA